UGAGGGCAACGCCUCACCGGGAAUCUCUCUCUAUCUCCAUCUCUCUUUUCCCCCCCCUUACCUCUGUCUCUGAAGCGUAAAAACCAAAGGACUCUCAUCUCCCAUUCAGUCUCCUCUCUGUGUGGCUGAGGGCUUACUUUCACAUUUUUUUAAGCCUCUCUUGCCUCUACAGAUCAACAGUCUCCUUCAUUUCUUCCUAAUUGUGCUUCUCUACCUGCCAAAGGAUGAAUUCAUGACCACAAACUGGGAUUUUUAUUGGUGUCUUUACAUGAGGCAGCAUCUUUUUUUUUCUGGAAGUCAUCUUUGUUCUUGUGCUCCCAGCUGCUGAGUGGCUGCUUGUGGGUAGUAGGUUAGUGUGUCUGUUUAAUGCCAGGUGAUUGAAUGUGCUGUACGCGGAGGAACUAAUAUGAGAGGGAUGCCUUCCUGGAGGUAGCGCUCUGUGAUCCACUCAGGGAGAAGGGUUUUGGGGAUGCUGUGGCUGAACUCCGACCUUUAGUGAAAGUGUCAGCGAAGAAAUUCAGGACAAACAAAGAAAAAAGCAACAAAUACGGACGUGUAUUCCCCUACGUUUGUUGUCGUGGACCAACUGACCUAAGUGUCGGCUUUGUGUUGACACCAUGGACAUCAACCUUCAGUCGCAGCGGUUUUACUUCCCCCAGAUCUACUGUGUGGAACCGGGGGCUCAGCCGCCUCAGAUGCCUCAGCUGCCUCAGAUGCCUCAGCUCACUGAGUUCAAAGUCAGUGAGCAGAGUAUCUGCCAGGCGCGGGCCUCCGUCAUGGUCUAUGAUGACACCAGUAAGAAGUGGGUGCCCAUCAAGCCUGGACAGCAGGGAUUCAGCCGCAUCAACAUCUACCACAACACUGCCAACAACACCUUCAGAGUAGUGGGCGUCAAACUGCAGGACCAACAGGUGGUUAUAAACUACUCCAUAGUGAAGGGCCUCAAGUACAACCAGGCCACCCCCACCUUCCACCAGUGGCGGGACGCCCGGCAGGUCUAUGGCCUCAACUUCGCUAGCAAGGAGGAGGCCACCACCUUCUCCAACGCCAUGCUCUUUGCCCUCAACGUCCUCAGUGCUCAGGAUGGAGGUCCAGCUGUCCAGCGCCAAGUCCAGAAUGGACCCACUUCAGAUGAGAUGGAAGCUCAGAGAGCAAGGCAGAUGAUAGAGCAGCAGCAGCAAUUGCAGGCACAUUUGGAACGGGAGCGAAGGACGUCCAACUCAGGUUCUCCUUUCCAAGGCCACCCUGCUGUUCUCGCCGUGGCCCCUCCAGUAAUGCCUCCCCCCAUGAACAUGGGUGGCCCUCCUCCCCCUCCACCUCCACCAGGACCUCCACCACCUUCAGCAGGGGCCCCAGCACCUCCUCUCCCACCUCCACUUCCCAUGUGCGGUGGGAGCGAUGCGGAUGAGCCCCCCGCCCAGACAGGUCUCGCAGCUAUGAUCGCCGGAGCCAAACUGCGCCGCGUUCAAAGACCCCAAGACGAAAGCUCCCCAGCCGCCAAAAACGAUGCCAACCGAACAAGCGGAGGAAGCGGAGGAAGUGGAGGAAGCGGAGGAAGCGGAGGAAGUGGAGGGAGCGGAGGAAGCGGAGGACUGAUGGAGGAGAUGAAUGCUCUGUUGGCGCGAAGAAGGAAAGCGGCCUCCGAGCGGCCCGAGGACAGCCAAAAUGAUGACGGAAAUUCUUCGUCACCCAACACCAGAGGUGGACAGAACUCCACAGAUGGUGCAAAGAAGCCGUGGGACAGAGCUAACUCUGCAGACAGGUCGAUGGUUUCCAGGGUACGACCCGUGGGGGGUGGCAGCGACGCAGACUCGAUAGACAUGGAUAGAAUGAAACAGGAAAUCUUGGAUGACGUGUUUCGUGAAUUGCACAAAGUGAAGGAGGAAAUCAUCGAUGCCAUUAGAAAUGAACUCAGUCGAAUUAGCACGACAUAAUCUUUCAGAGACCCCCCCC